AGUGUAGAUGCAUUAAUGUUGCUGAGGAAAAGGGGCGUCGUUUGACUGACAAAAAUUGACUAAUUGACGGACACACACAAAGUACUAGGAGAUAAAUGACUUUGAUAGUAUAAAUUGUAUAUAUAAAACUUUGGUGGAGGCGUGAUUAUUGUUAUCUUGUUGAGCCAAUGGCUAACUUGUAAGAUUAACUGCAGAUAACACAGUCGACUACAAUACUGGGAAAUUUAUAGUGACUGCAAUUUUAUUGUGAAAUUUCUCGUCUUUUAUCGCUGGUAAUAAUAUCCCAUAUGUUAUCAAUAGAAAAUAGAUGAUAACUUAAGAUGCAUACUAUAAUAGCGUCUGAUACAAAACACGGGAAUACGUGAACACGAUCAGAAAUUUAUAAAUGGAUGUUAACUUAUAUUACGUUUUGCUAUAAAAUGUAUAAUACAGACUGUGGUGAUAUGACAAAUGUUUCAUAAAAAAGGAUAAAAACUAAUUGGCCUUAGGACGGACCCAUAAAAAACAAAAGCAGUAGUUUGUAUGAGAUUACAUUCCGUGGGAUUAUAUUAAUUAGUGGUUAUUACAAAAAUUUGUCAUUUGCCAUAUUUCACCAGAAAGGACAUGUUUUCGCCUGAUAUUUUACAAAAUAUUUUACUAAUAUGUGUCUUAAUGGUUGGCGCGGAAAUAUGUUUACAAGACAACAAUUGUCGAUUGCCAAAUUGUUAUUGUGGGGGAAGGGAUACCCCAGGAAAUCUUUUAUCCUCAGAAAUUCCACAAAUAAUUGUGUUUUCUUUUGAUGAUGCAGUGAAUUCAGAAAAUUACCAGAUGUACGAGAAAUUAUUCCUAAAUAAUCGUUUUAAUCCAAAUGGAUGUCCAAUUUCUAUGACAAUGUUUGUUUCGCAUAAUUAUACAGAGUACAAUUUGGUGCGGGACCUUUAUAGCAAGGGAAUGGAGGUUGCUGUUCAUAGUGUCACCCACAGAACACCGACAGACUUCUGGAAAGAGGCAUCAACAGAAGAGCUUCGAUAUGAAAUUGUCCAACAACGAAAAAACUUGGCCCAGAAAACGGGUAUUCCAAUACAGAAUAUUACAGGAUGGAGAAGUCCAUUUUUACAAUCAGCAGGUGACAAGCUUUAUUCAAUUUUACAAGAGGAAAACUUUCAGUACGAUUCAACAAUGACUGUAGCCACAGAAAACGGAUUCAGCAGUAAAUUCUGGCCAAACACGCUAGACUUUGGAUGGCAGCUUGACUGUAACGUUCGUCCAUGCCCCAAAGGGAGUUAUUCUGGUCUAUGGGAAGUACCCGUCAUGAUGUUAGAGAAACCCUUUGCGCCGAUAGGUUGUCUCUACCUUGACUCAUGUCGUCCAGAGAAUAAAGAGGAAGCAUUCCAAUUGUUCUGGGUGAACUUUCACAGUUUUUAUAAAGGUUCUAGAGCCCCGUUAUUUUACACUAUGCACUCGUCUUGGCUCAGGGAAAAGCACAAUUACGACGCAAUGAAUUACUUUCUUUUAACAAUUUUACAUUAUUAUUCUGAUGUUUUUAUAAUAAGUUACCAACAGUUACUUGAAUGGAUGCAAAACCCAACGAAACUAGUAGAUAUAAACAACUUCAAAGGAUGGCACUGUCCAAAACGAUAUUUGAAUUUUGUGCAACCUUUUGUUGAGUCGAACAAUGUUAACAAUAGUGCUGCCAAUGAUUUCAUGAGAAUUCCAUUUUUAAUGAGUUUGUUAUUGAUUGUGUUGAUGAUUUUGUGAUAUAAAUUGUUUUUCUGUA